AUGGGAUGGGAUCAUGAAUAUGGGAUGGGAUCUUUCAGUAGAAUGUUGCACGACGAUCAAUUUCACAUGCCGUUUAGUUCUCAUAUAGCUUCACCUAUGCAAGAUGAUGUACAAGCAUCACCGUCUCAACCUAUGCUAAAUCAUCUUGAAAAUCUAGAAAAUAUUGUGAGUAAUGAAUUGUCUGUGUAUGAUGUGUAUGCUGAAACAAAUGAUGAGGCCGAGAGCGGAGAGGAGGAAGAUGGUCUUGACAACAUGGAUGUUGAACCUGCACGCAUGGAAGUUGGUGAGGCCGUGGUUAGAACUCCCAUACCUUGGUUCAGUCAGGUAAACGAGAACUACGAAGUUGAUCAGUAUCGGGCCGAAUCGGGUAGCCAUACAUCGUUUGAUCCUGGGGGAGAAUUUGAGAAGGACAUGUUUUUUGAAAGUAAGAAAAUGCUUCAAGAAAUGGUGAAGAUGUAUUCUCUACAGAGAAAUCAAUUUUACACCACAGUGACCUCGAAUGAGAAUGUCCUUCAUCCGCGGUGCAAGAAGAAAUGUGGUUGGUCGUUACGGGGUACUAAAACAAGUGAGCACGCGCGUGGCUUCACCCUAGUCACAUAUAAAGGCCCACACCGGGAGAACUGUGUCACUGAAGUACUAUCUACUAAUCACCCACACUUGGAUUCGUCCAUAGUAUCUGAGUAUGUGAAGUCCUUUGUGCAGAAAGAUCCGUCCUUGAAAGUUGAAUUCAUACAGGAUUCCAUCUCCAAGCAAUUUCAUUUCGAUGUUCUGUAUCGAAGAGCAUGGUAUGCCAAGGAGAAAGCUAUAGCUAAAAUAUUUGGGGAUUGGGAGAGUUCUUAUGGCAGACUUCCGCACUUCAUACAAGCACUCCAACAGUCAAAUCCGGGAACUGUUGUUGUAUGGAAACACAAAGCUCUGGUGGAUGGUGUUUACUAUAGCAACAUGGAAGUGUUUGACCGGGUGUUUUGGGCCUUCGGUCCUUGUAUCGAUGGUUUUAAACAUUGUAUGCCUGUUAUCUGUAUCGAUGGGAUGCACUUGUACGGGAAGUAUAAAGGAACAUUUUUGGUUGCUACAAGUGUGGAUGCAAGCUUCCAAGUAUUUCCGCUAGCAUUUGCGUUGGUUGAAGGGGAAAACACUUCCAGAUGGUCUUGGUUUCCGGGCUGCAUUCGGGUUCAUGUCACGCAACGAGAUGGCCUCUAUGUUAUAUCUGAUCGACAUGCUGGGAUCAUUGCAACAAUUAAUGAUCCUAACGUUGGUUUCAACAAGCCGCGAGUCUAUCACAGGUUUUGUGUUCGCCACAUGGCUUCUAACUUGAAAAAUCACGUGUGA